GAGGAGACCGCACCGUGAUGAUCGUCUGCCUGCACCACAAGGCUGACGAGCGGGACGUGUAUGAGUUCUUCUCGACGAACGCUGGGAAGGUGCGUGACGUGCAGAUCAUUCGCGACGCAAGGACUGGUCGGUCCAAAGGGCUGGCGUAUAUCGAGUUCUACCUUCAGGAAGCCACUCUCAAGGCUCUGGCGUUGAGCGGUCAGGCGGUCAAGGGCCAGGCGAUCCGCGUGCAGCCGUCCCAGGCCGAGAAGAAUCGCGCGGCCCAGGCCGCGAAGCAGGCGAUUCACUACGCGGCGCCGCGUGAGACGCCGCUGCGGCUGUACGUUGGUGGUCUUACAGAUUCGCUGGCGAACAUCUCGGAGGAAGAGCUGAAGAAGCUCUUCUCGCCGUUCGGAGAGAUAGAGUUCAUCGAUCUGCACCGCGACCCCUACACCAACAAGUGCAAGGGGUUCGCGUUCGUGCAGUUCAAGAACGCCUCGGAGGCGCGCGAGGCAAUGACGGCCAUGAACGGCUUCCAGCUUGCUGGAAAGGAGCUCAAGG